AUGUCACCAAGAAGUACCCCAUUGUCUAUCUAUACACCAUCUUGUGCAUCUCUUUCCCAGCUUUCAGAUAAGCCUAGUUUGAAGUCUCCAGCACCUUUGGUUCAAGAGUUAUCCUCUUCAAGGCUCAAGAAAACCUUGUUCAAAAAGACCUUGACAAAUUCUUUUGCUAUCUGGAUACCUUCCCCUCAUACUGGAUCAAUUAGUGAUGAAUUCGAUCUGUACAAACUUUGCUACAAAGAGGACAUCUUCCUUUCUCUUUUGAAAGAAAUCUUUGACAAAGUUAAGAAAUCUAACAAGACUUUAAAGUCUAUGCUCCAGGCUCUUAUAGACAAAGACACCGUGGGCCCUACAUCCUUGAUGGCAUCCAAACAUGCACCAAAGAACAUCACCAACAGCAGCAACAACAACAACAACAAUAAGAACAACAACAACAAUAACAACAACAAAAAAACAAAAACAACAAUAUUAACUAUUGCAGCCACAGUCCCAAAAGUUUUAAAGCAGAAGCUUGGUGUUGUGGUAGUUGAAGUUGAAAAAGUUUUUAAGAGAAAGAAUUGA